CAUUACUAAAAACUUUUCUGCACAUCCAGGCUGGCAGGCCAUCUUCCUCUUCGCCUCGCCGCCUAGCACCCCGCUCCUCCACUUUCUUCUUCAUCCCUCCUUUUCCCUUUCCUCCAGCCUACCCAAGCUGCAACGAUGCUCCAGUUCCAUCGUCUGGGUCUUUUUUGGAAGAAUUGAUUCCCACAGGAAGUGCUUGCAAUCUCAGUUACAAUCAAAUCAGUUGGGUAACCUAAAACCAAGAGACUUCGCGAUGGCCGAGAACGAUCAGGAAAAGAGAGUUGCCGAUAGGUAUCUCAAGCGUGAAAUUCUUGGUGAAGGUACUUAUGGUGUCGUCUACAAGGCCAUUGAUACCAAGACUGGACAGACCGUUGCAAUCAAGAAAAUUCGGCUGGGGACGCAAAAGGAAGGGGUGAAUUUUACUGCUCUUAGAGAGAUUAAACUGCUGAAGGAACUUAAAGAUCCGAAUAUAAUCGAGUUGAUCGAUGCAUUUCCUCACAAGGGAAACUUAAACCUCGUGUUUGAGUUCAUGGAGACCGACCUGGAAGCAGUUAUUCGUGAUAGGAAUAUAUUUCUUUCACCAGCUGAUAUCAAGUCAUACUUUCAAAUGACACUGAAAGGUCUAGCCUUUUGCCACAAGAAAUGGGUUUUGCAUAGGGACAUGAAGCCAAAUAAUUUGUUGAUAGGCUCUGGUGGACAACUUAAACUUGCAGAUUUUGGUUUAGCUCGUGUAUUUGGGAGCCCUGAUCGCAAGUUCACUCAUCAUGUGUUCGCUCGGUGGUACAGGGCACCUGAACUGUUAUUCGGGGCAAAGCAGUAUGGUUCUGGUGUUGAUGUGUGGGCUGCGGCAUGCAUACUUGCAGAACUUCUACUACGCCGGCCUUUUCUACAGGGGUCAAGUGACAUUGAUCAGUUGGGAAAGAUUUUCCAAGCAUUUGGGACUCCAACACCUUCCCAAUGGCAUGAUUUGGUAUACCUUCCUGAUUAUGUCGAGUACCAAACAGUUCCUUCCCAACCUUUGCGUAAGUUGUUUCCAAUGGCUAGCGAGGAUGCCCUGGAUCUGUUAUCAAAGAUGUUCACUUAUGAUCCAAACUCUAGGAUUACGAUCCAACAGGCAUUGGAACACCGGUACUUCUCAUCUGCCCCUUUACCUACGGAACCAGCUAAGCUUCCCAGGCCUGCUCCCAAGGGGCAACCUCUCAAUUCCAGGGUUUCAGAUUUGAAUUCCCAGGCUGGUCCAACUGUUUUGUCACCUCCGAGGAAGACAAGAAGAGUGAUGGCUGAACGUGAAAGCUUUGAUGUGAAUGUCCACCAACAACUUGAUAAGAUUGAUGAACAUGCACAAAUGAGACAACAUACAGCUGGUGAUAACUCGGGAAGAACCGACAACAUGCCAAUGUCAGUAGAUCUUUCAGUGUUCGGCACAAGACCCGUUAGCAGACCAACAAUUAAUAGUGCUGACAGAUCCCACCUGAAGAGGAAACUAGAUCUUGAAUUCCAGUAGCCAAAUUAAUGGCAUACCCUUUGCAGAUAGAUUACUAAUUUGUCGCGCGAUUGACUACUGCUGCUGCCUUAAUCUGGUAUCUAUCGAUCUCUCUCUCUGCCACUCUAUACUAAAUCUUCCCCAACGGUAAUUAAUUGUGUCGAAAACAUCUUCCGCUCAGCCGGCAGCAUGAACCUGCAAGCUUACACAGGAAGAAGCAUUUGCAUUCUUGAAUUCGAGCGGUUGCAGUUGACAGCAUACAAAUCAUUAUUUCAUUGGAGAGGGAGUGUUGUGUUGCUUGUGAUUGUGAUUGUUUUUCUUACUGUAUUCUCAAAAGGUUGGGUCUGUCUUCUUACCCUAAUCCAUGAUUCUCAUUUUCCCCCUUUCUGUAACGACCUUAAUUGUAAGACAAACAUAAGAGGUCGAGUUCUCCUUUUGGCUCCAGGAAUGAAUACAACUAUAAGAGGGAAACUUUUUGACAUGCCUGCUUAUUCUGCUAUAUGAUUUUUUGCUUGCUGUUCUUACAGUCUCACCAACUGUGCUGGAUUAUUGCUGAAGAGUCACUGUAGUGCUG